AUGCCCCCUAAGAAGGCUGUUAAGGAAGAAAAGGCUUUACUUGGUCGUCCAUCUAACAAUUUGAAGAUUGGUGUUGUCGGUCUUCCCAAUGUCGGCAAGUCUACCUUUUUCAACGCUCUCACUAACGCCUCUGCUGCUGCUGAGAACUAUCCUUUCUGUACCAUUGAUCCUGAGGAGUCUCGCGUUGCUGUUCCUGAUCCUCGUUUUGAUUGGUUAUGUCAACACUAUAAGCCUGCCAAGGAAAUUCCUGCUUUUUUGACUGUCAUUGAUAUUGCUGGUCUUGUUAAAGGUGCAGCCUCUGGUGCAGGUUUAGGUAAUGCUUUCUUGUCUCAUAUUAAAGCUGUAGAUGCGAUUUUCCAUGUUGUCCGUGCUUUCGAUGAGGCUGAUGUUAUUCACGUUGAAGGUGAAUUGGAUCCCAUUCGUGAUAUGGAAAUUAUCCGUGAAGAAUUACGUUUAAAGGAUGAAGAGUUCCUUACUAAACAAUCAACUGAAUUGAACAAUGUCACACGUCGUCUUGGUAAUGGUGGUAAUGCACAAGACAAAGCCAAGAAAGAAGAAGCAGCUAUUGUUCAAAAGGUUCUUGAAUGGGUUCAAGCUGGUAAUGAUGUUCGUCACGGUAACUGGACAAAUAAGGAAAUUGAAAUUAUCAACACCCUUCAUCUCAUUACUGCAAAGCCAGUUAUCUAUCUUGCCAACUUGAGUGAAAAAGAUUAUAUUCGUAAGAAGAACAAAUGGCUUCCUAAGAUUAAGGCAUGGAUCGAUCAAAACUCUGCAGGUGAUCCUAUGAUUCCUUAUUCUGGUGCUUAUGAAUACCGUCUCUCCCUUGCUACCUCUGAGGAAAAGGAAGAAAUUCAAAAGGAAAACAAUGCCUUCUCUGUUUUACCCAAGAUCAUCGUUAUGGGUUAUGCUGCACUUCAAUUGAUCUAUUACUUUACUGGUGGUCCUGAUGAAGUUCGUGCUUGGACUAUUCGUAAGAAUACCAAGGCUCCUGCUGCUGCUGGUGUUAUUCACUCUGAUUUCGAACGUGGUUUCAUUAUGGCUGAAGUCAUGAAGUAUGAAGAUUUAAAGGAAUUGGGUUCAGAAAGUGCUGUUAAAGCUGCUGGUAAAUAUUUGCAAAAGGGUAAAGAUUAUGUCGUUGAAGACGGUGAUAUCAUUUACUUCAAGUUCAAUGUUACUGCUCCUUCAAAGAAGAAAUAG